AUGGCUCGCUUGAAUUAUCAUCACAGACAGAGGUGUCACUGGAGGAUUCGCUGGAGGAUUCGCUUGAAGAUUCGCUUGAAGAUUCGCUGGAUUCAGAUUCUACCUCGUGCUAACGUCCUAGGGGUUAAUGUCCUAGCGGCUUAUGUCCUAGGGACUAAUGUCCGAGGGGCUAACGUCCUAGGGGCUAAUGUCCUAGGGGCUAAUGUCUUUGGGGAAAACGUCUUUGGGGUUAAUAUCCUAGGGGCUUAUGUCCUAGGGCCUAACGUCCUUGGGGCUAACGUCCUAGCGGCUAACGUCCUAGGAGCUAAUGGUUUUGGGGCUAACAUCCUAGGGGCUAAUGCCCUAGGUGUUAUUGCCCUAUGGGCUAAUGCCCUAGGUGCUAAUAUCCUAGGUGCUAAUGCCCUAGGUGCUAAUGUCCUAGGUGCUAAUGUCCUAGAGGUCAAUGCCCUAGGUGCUAAUGUCCUAGGGGCUAAUGUCCUAGGUGCUAAUGUCCUAGGGGCUAAUGCCCUAGGUGCUUAUGUCCUAGGUGCUAAUGUCCUAGGUGCUAAUGCCCUAGGUGCUAAUGCCCUAGGUGCUAAUGUCCUAGGUGCUAUUGCCCUAGGUGCUAAUGUCCUAGGGGUUAGUGUCCUAGGGGCUUAUGUCCUAGGGACUAAUGUCCGAGGGGCUAACGUCCUAGGGGCUAAUGUCCUAGGUGCUAAUGUCCUAGGUGCUAAUGUCCUAGAGGCCAAUGUCCUUUGGGCUGAUGUCUUUUGGGCGAAUGCCUUAGGGGUCUUCGGGCUAAUAGCUAAUGUCCUAGGGGCUAAUGUCCUAGGGGCUAAUGUCUUUGGGGCUAAUGUCCUAGGGGAUAAUGUCUUUGGGGCUAAUGUCUUUGGGGCUAAUGUCCUAGGGGCUAAUGUCCUAGGGGCUAAUGUCUUUGGGGCUAUUGUCCUAGGGGCUAAUGUCCUAGGGGCUAACGUCUUUGGGGCUAAAGUCCUAGGGGCUAAUGUCUUUGGGGCUAAUAUCCUAGGGGCUAAUGUCUUUGGGGUUAAUGUCCUAGGGGCUAAUGUCCUAGGGGCUAAUGUCUUUGGGGCUAAUGUCCUAGGGGCUAAUGUCCUAGGGGCUAACGUCUUUGGGGCUAAAGUCCUAGGUGCUAAUGUCUUUGGGGCUAAUAUCCUAGGGGCUAAUGUCUUUGUGGCUAAUGUCCUAGGUGCUAAUGUCUUUGGGGCUAACGUCCUAGGGGUUAAUGUCUUUGGGGCUAAUGUCCUAGUGGUCUUAGGGCUAUUGUGUUUGGGGCUAAUGUCCUAG